AUGGAAGGGUAUGUAACUGUUAUAAGAAGACCAAAACCUGAUAAGUGUGUGUACAUUGGCUGUGUUAGAGGUGGUAAGUAUCAAGACACAAGGAUGGUUCCACCAGAGAAGAGGAAAAGGAAGACAACAUCUCGCCUAAUAAGUUGCCCUUUUGAAAUUGUGGGGAGAAAGAAACCUGAAGGUUUUUGGAAGGUGGAUAUAAAAGAUUUAUCUCAUAACCAUGAACCUUCAAAAGAUAUGUCUGGGCAUCCCUAUUGUCGUCGGUUUUCAAGAGAGGAAAUCUUGAAGCUUAAAGAAAUGAGUAAGGCUGGCGUAUCACCACGCCAAAUAAUGUCUUCACUUCGACAGAGUAAUCCAGAUUUGCAAACAAUUUCCAAAAACAUCUAUAAUGAAAAGUAUAGAAUUAUGAAGGAGAAUUUAGCAGGUCGUACAGUUAUUCAAGCUUUAUUGGAAGAACUUGGUCAAGCUGGUUUCAUCUAUAACAUUGAGUAUGAUCAAAAUGGUCGGUUGACUCAUUUAAUGUUUGCUCAUCCACUUUCAAUUACUUUGACUAAGAGCUAUACAAAUGUCUUUGUGAUGGAUUGUACAUACAAGACUAACAAGUACAAGAUGCCAUUACUAGACAUUGUAGGAGUCACAAGUUUCAAUACAUCUUUCUAUUCUUGCUUUGUCUUCAUGCAAAAAGAGGAAGAAGAGGACUAUGCUCUAACUAUGUCCAGCAGAAUUUUUGGAGUUGAGGUUUAUCCUUUGGUGAUUAUUACUGAUAGAGAAUUGGCACUGAUGAAUGCUAUAAAUAUUAUUUUUCCAAGGACUGCUAACAUAUUAUGUGUGUGGCAUAUUGAGAAAAAUGUAGUUACAAACUGUAAGCCUUAUUUUACAGAAGAAGAUGAUUGGGUUGCUUCCAUCUCUACGUGGACUACUUUGAUCAAUUCUCAUGAUGAAUCAUCCUUUAAUGAAGCUUAG